CAAGUUCCGACCACGUGUCGGGGAAACACCCCACCAGUGACGUCAUUUCUUGGGAUACUCUGUCCGGUUUUGAAAACGCAUACCGCACCGAUCGCUACAUGGUGCGAUUGAUUUUGCCGUAUACGUUUCCGCAUGAAAAAAACGGAUCCGCGACCGUACCUAUGGAAUUUAUUUUAACUAUUUCGAUUUUUUGCGGCGUACCGCAUACCGCGUACCGUAUACCGCUACCGCAUGUAAGGAAUCUCAGCUUAAGCAAGUGUAGUUUGUGCAUGUUUGCAUGUGCGAUGUAGAUAUAAUAUUGGUACUAGAGAUGAUGACUGUUCAAUAUAGCCUAGUUUAGUCUACUACUCGGUAGCGGUGAACUUUUAAUACUUGUCUAGUUGUGUAUAUUCUUCCCAACUUUCUGACGUAAGACCAGUUUGAUUCAUACAUGUUCAGACGAGUUUUGGGCAAACUCAGCCAUAGAUUGAAGACAUUGAGGAUGGCUGACAUUCUCCCUGGCUCGCCGGAAGUUCCUCCUGUGGACAAAACGUCCAAUGCUGGUCAUGGUAAACGUGAACUAAAUGAAGAUGGCGAUGGUCCGCAUGAUGGCAUUAAAAAACAAAAGACUGAGCCAGGUCCAAUGCAAGGCAGGGUGGACAGGAAGAGGAAAGUGGCCAUGCUGAUGGCUUAUUCUGGAGUUGGAUACUACGGCAUGCAAAUAAACCCUGGAUUUGCCACGAUAGAAGAUACUUUGUGUAAAGCCCUGGUGGCAGCUGGUGUCAUUCCACAGGAACAUGCAGUUAAUAUGCAGAAAAUGUCUUUCCAGCGUGCGGCUAGGACUGAUAAAGGUGUGUCUGCUCUUGGGCAGCUUGUCUCCCUGAAGAUGACACUGAACCAAGAGAAUAUUGUGGGAGCCAUCAAUGAACAUCUUCCUGACCAGAUACGCGUGAUUGGUAUAAAACGUGCAACAAAAGGAUUUAACAGCAAGAACCACUGCAGCGGAAGAUCCUAUAUCUACAUGUUACCUACUUACGCCUUUGCUCCCGUUGAAAAGUUCAUUGAUGAAGACUACAGAGUUGCUGAUGGUAUUAUUGAUCGUGUAAAUGGAGUUCUACAAAAUUUCAAAGGAACACAUAACUUUCAUAACUACACUUCGGGCAUAAAGCCUAAUGACCCAAGUGCAAAGCGCUACAUGGUUAGCUUGGAGUGUGGCCAACCCUUUGUCCGAGACAAUGUGGAGUUUGCAAUCAUCAGGAUCAAAGGACAGAGUUUUAUGAUGCACCACAUCAGGAAAAUGAUAGGUGUGACAAUAGCCAUAGUGAGAGGAUUUGCUGGGGAAGAACUCCUGGUGAAAGCUUGGGGAAAAGAAAAGGUGGAUAUUCCAAAAGCCCCAGGGUUGGGCCUGAUGUUAGAGCAGUUGCAUUACGAUGCUUACAACAAGAAGUUUGGGUCAGAUGGAAUGCAUGAUCCCAUAGAGUGGACUGAGUUUCAGUCUACAAUUGAGGAGUUUGCUGAGAAGUAUAUUUAUAGCAACAUUGUCAAGACAGAAAAAGAAGAACGAUCCAUGUUUCAUUGGUUAAUGACACUUCCCAAUCACAGCUUUGAUGUGAGAGAACCAGGAAGCACCACGGACAUGUAUAAAGCCAUGAGAAACGUAGAAAGAUUGAACGAGAGUCUACAGAAACAGUCAGAAGAAUCACCCCCAGAGCCCACAAUGGAACAUACCACAGACAGAUCUGAGGCAUCAGAAACAUUGGAGAAUUCCAAAGGUGACAAUAAACAGUGUCAUAACACAUCAACUGCAAAUACUUGUAUCAGUGCAUCUAAUGAAAAUGGAAGUCAUCCGGACAAAAAUUCGAAGGGAACUGAGGAGAUAGACUGUGAUGAAAUGAAGAACUCUAAUGAAAGCAAAGACUGCGAUGAAAUGAAGAACUCUGAUGAAAGCAAAGACUGCGAGGAAAUCAAGGACCCUGAAUCUGAGUCGAAUCUUGAGAGAGAUCAGAAUCGCGGGGUGUCAUGAAACAUUACAAUGCGUGAUGUCAAUCGUCCAUUUUAACCAUUGCCACAAAGGUUUCAUCUUUGAGGUGUAAUGAUUUUUAUGAUGAAUAUUUCGUGUCAACAGUUGUGCAAACACCAGUCUUUUGGGCUCACUUAACUCACCUGUUCUUUUCUGGCUCAUGUUUAAAGGGAUACAGAAUCAAUGCUGAUAGGCUGACAGUGGAGAUAGGGUUUCCUGGGUUAAACCCUGCAGCC